AACACACAGGAAUUCAGCUCAGAAAACAGCUGGACUCUGCACAGCUGCACCGCUGAAAUGCGACUGUCUCUAAUUCUUGUGCUGCUCCAGCUGUGGGGCAACGUGGAGGUUUCUCUGUCGCAGAAUGUAUGUUCCAACCCCCCCGUCGUUCCUCACGCCAGCAUCACCGACGAGACCAGAAGAGCCGAGUACCCACUAGGACAAGUAAUCCGUUUCACAUGUGAAACUGGUUAUAUAUCAGGUCCAACCAUCAGAUAUAUGUGCUCGAGCGAAGGCUGGAUGGCUCUUCACAAGGGACCGUGCUACUUGAAGCCAUGCCAACUUCCUGACGACACUCCCAACGGCUACUAUCAGAUCAUCAACGGCGACCACUUUGUUUUCGGAGCAGUCAUCAAAUACUUCUGCAACGAAGGGUAUCAAAUGAUGAGCAAAGAGGACACACGCACCUGUUAUCUGGACAAAUGGACCAAUCAUGUGCCAGUGUGUGAUUCUCUGAGCUGUGAGCCCCCUGUGGAUAGAGAGAUCACAGUAAAAGGUUUACCAGAGAACGACGAGCCCAUACUUCCUGACCGCUUCCUCGAAAUUAGCUGCAAUGUUCCUGGGAAAUAUCUGAACGGCAGCACGAGGCUGAUAUGUGGGAAAGACGGACACUGGAAUCAUCCGCUCCCCACUUGUGAAGACAUCACUUGUAGAGUCGGAGAGAUGCAUCCUAGUCUCAGGGCAGAUGGAUUAUCAUCAGGAAAUAAAACACUGAAGAUGGGACAUAAGUUAAAGUUUCACUGUGAUGAUGACUACAGUCUGGAUGGCGCUGGACAAAUCGAGUGUUUAAAGACUGGGCAGUGGGACGCCCACUUUCCAACUUGCUCUGACAAAUGCAAAUUCACAGGAGCCCCGAACAACAUGAUGGUCCGAGCUGCAGGCUCAAGACGUCAACUAGCUCAAGGAGAAAAGUUGACGUUUUCAUGCCGUCUGGGUGGUGAAACUCUUCGGGGCAAAUCAGAAGUUACAUGUUUGGCAAACGGAGAGUGGAGUGAUCCCUUCCCAACAUGUAGUGCUCCUGUGGGUUGUGAGCGACCACCGCCUCUUGAAAAUGGAGACACCAAGAACUCUGUGAAGUUCAACUACAGACACAAUGAUCAAGUUGAAUACAUCUGUCAGGCUUACCACGUCAUGCAGGGAGGAUCCUUCAAAACGUGCAACAACGGUGAAUGGACCAGAGAGAUCAGAUGCCUCAAACCCUGCCCUGUGGACGAAGAAGCUUUAAGGACACGUAACAUUGCAUUCAGAUUUAGCCGAAAGGGUAGAAUGUAUUCAACCCACGAUGAUUCGAUCGAAUUCUCCUGCACCAGUGGAAGAACUGUCGGCUCCGUGGGGAUGCGUCAAAGGUGCGUGGACGGCGUGAUGCAGCUGCCCUCGUGCCAAUAAAGACUUUCUAGUCCAAUGGAUGUGAUAAACACUGAGGGUUAUAGGGUCAUAACUACAGGAACUGGUGUACGUCAUCGUGCUGUGUGUCAUUUUAAUAAGAACUGUUCUGCCUCAAAAUGACAAUAAAGUGUGUUGUAGUAUUCCACUUUGACUUUUUGUUGUGCUGAGAGGAAGAAAACACACAAUUAACUGCAAAUGUAACUGUUAUUUUUGUUAGAUUCCCUGAGAAAUUAAGACUUUUGGUAUAGAUUUGGUUUAAAAGGGGAGAAGGUGAAAGCUUAACGUAAAUUUACGUCAAACGUAAAUUGAGACUUUUUGCUUCAUACUGGAAAAAAUUUAUUACUGUUUGUCACGCCCCAGAGAGCAGGUUUUGGUUUUUCUAAUUAAUAAAAAAUAAUGUGAGUAUAUAUAUAAAGACAAUUGUGUGAUAUCAACAGUAAAGGUUUGUUGCUACACUGUAUUGCUGUCAAUAAAAACAUAUUAAUCGAU